GCGGCUGCAAGUGAACGAAGCGAGAACAAUAUGAAUUGUUAUUGUUUUGCGGUUAUCUUUACGCACUAAACUUGUUAGCGUCUGCUUAUAUAACAUGGCUAUUCCUCCAAGAUGGCUUAAUUGUCCGCGAAAGGGCCAACUUAUCGCAGAUCGGUUUUUGGCUUUCAAAACUCCCCUAGGUCCACGAUAUGAUGAACAAAUCCCAGAAGAAAAUCGAUUUCAGCUUCCAAUGCUUUUCGCUUAUUUACAAUCGUUUAGGGUGAAAUUAGGAUUGAUUAUCGACCUCACCAACACUAAUAGAUUCUAYGACAAAAAUGAAGUUGAAAAAGCAGGCAUCAAACACACAAAACUACCUUGCAGAGGGCAUGGUGAGACCCCCUCACCAGAGCARACUCARCUUUUUAUAAACAUUUGUGAUCGUUAUUUUAAGUCAAAUCCAGGAGAUUUAAUAGGCAUUCACUGCACUCAUGGAUUUAACAGGACUGGUUUUCUUAUUAUUUGUUAUUUAAUAGAGAGAGUGGACUGGAGUCUUGAAGCAGCUGUAGAAGUAUUUAAUAAGUGCCGAUCACCUGGUAUUUAUAAGCAAGAGUAUYUAGAUGAAUUAGUAAAGAGAUAUGGUGACGAGRGUGAUAUAUUGCAUGCRCCRGAGCGACCUGAUUGGUGUAACGAGGAUGAAGAAUUGAGUGAUCAAGAUGAUGACGAUGAAGGAUGUUCUAGUGAUCAAAAUCAAAGACGAAAGAAGAGACGGAAAAACACUGCACCAAAAGAUGCAAAGUUUGUUGAUGGYGUUCAUGGCGUACUGCUAGUACCYUCACCAAAAUGUGAAGAAAUCCAAGAAAUAUGUGCUGAAAUGUGUAAUUGGGACAAGUCAGGUUUCCCUGGUUCUCAACCAGUAUCAAUGGAUGUUAAAAACCUUCUAUUUCUACAAGAGAAAGAUUACCGAGUAAGCUGGAAGGCAGAUGGCACCAGGUAUAUGCUGCUUAUAUUAAAAGAAGGAGAAAUCUACAUGAUAGACAGAAACAAUUCUGUUUUUGAGGCUCCACAAUUCCGAUUUCCACAGAGAAAAAAUCCCAAAGAACACAUCUUUAACACCCUUGUUGAUGGGGAGAUGGUCAUGGACAAAGAAGGAGAUAAAAUUCAUCCUCGUUAUCUUGCUUAUGAUAUUAUCAAGUUUCAGGGUGAAGAUGUUGGAAGAACACCACAUGACACCAGAAUGAUUUGCAUUCAAAAAGAAAUMGAACAUCCUAGGAAUGAAGCAGUGAGACAAGGAAUGCUAGACAAAAGCAAAGAACCUUUUAGUAUCAGAGCCAAGCAGUUUUUUUCUGUUGAAAAAGCAAGAUGGCUUUUAGAGCACUGGGUUACAAAGCUUAGCCAUGAAAACGAUGGUCUUAUCUUUAACCCAGCAACAGAGCCAUAUCAAGGGGGGAAUCAGCUUGAUGUUUUGAAAUGGAAACCUCACACUCUAAACUCAGUUGACUUCCAACUCAAGAUUUGCAGAGUGGAGCAAAUAGGAUGUUUACCACAAGAAGUUGGUAAUUUGUUUGUGACAGGGUACACCCCCCCAUUUGCUAUUAUUAAGGUCAACAGACAACUUCGAGUUCUUAAYAAYAGAAUUAUUGAAUGUACAUGGGAUGGCAAGCAGUGGAAGUUUCUACGUUUGAGAGAAGACAAAACUUUUCCAAAUGCUUAUAAAACUGCAAUGAGUGUUUGUGCAAGUAUAAGAGAUCCAGUGACAAAGGAAAGACUGCUGGAAAUGAUUGAAAAACAUCGUUACAAACUAACCCACACUAACCAUCACCCACACCACCAUCAUCAUACACACCAAGAUCAUGCCAGCCCAACCUAAAACAGACAAUAUUGCUUGCAUUUGACUAAACUC